CAAAGUCCAGUUCUUCAGCCUGAAUGUUCCAGAAGAGGCCAGGGAAAGCUGAGAUGGCCUUCUUCAACUUAUAUCUGUUGGGAUAUCAGAAUUCUUUUCGGAGCAAGAAAAGGGACACAACUGAAGAAACAAACCAGAAGGAACCAGUGAACAAGUCUACUCUCAUUUCCGGCCAGAAGGAACCAGUGCUCACUCGGCUUCCCUCCAUUUUCUCAGACUCUGGGAAUUAUUCCGUGCACCAGAAUAGCCACAAAAGUUACCAUGAAGCUGUACGGAAGGUGUUGUUAAAGACAUUCCCCAAUCAGGUCUUCAGAGUGCCCUUGACUGAUGCUCAGAACUUCAGCUUCUGGCGGUCCCAUGAUCUAGGAGUAUGUCCAGAGGAAAGCAUGCCAUGGAUCCGGAGCCCACGACACUGUCUCAUAAAAAGCCCAAUGACCAGGUUUAUGGAUCACUCUAUUCUCAAUGACAGAACUUUCAGUCUGUACUGAGGAGGAUACGGUUGUAGAUGGACUAGGAGAACUACGGAAGGAGCGCAGAGAAGGGACGUGGGGAGGUGUGCUCGAUCAGGGGGAUGACUAAUGGGAGGAGGGCUUAAGGAGGCAAAAUAAACAGACUGGACUAGAAGUCUCUUGUGUGC